AUGGGCAAAGUGCGAGAAUCAACCCCGACGAAGAUCCCCGACAAGGGAGUUGACGAGGCUCCGAACGGAGGACUCACUGCGUGGCUACAAGUUCUUGGAGGUUUCUUCAUAUUCUUCAAUUCCUGGCAUGUCUUGCGUAUAUUCAUGAGGGGAAUUGUCAACACAUUCGGAGCUUUCCAAGCAUUCUACGAACACUCGCUUCUGCAAAACCGCAAUGAAUCAGAUAUUUCAUGGAUCGGCACCUUCCAAGCAUUUCUCCUCGUCUCAUUUAGCAUAUUCAGCGGCCCAAUAUUCGAUCGAGGCUACUUUCGCAUCCUUCUCGUCGUCGGCUCUUUCCUCAUCGUAUUCGGCAUGAUGAUGAGCAGCCUAGCGACUGAGUAUUACCAACUCUUCCUAUCCCAGGGUCUAUGUGUAGGAAUCGGUGGCGGAUGCCUCUUCGCGCCCAGUGUGGCUGUCAUUUCGACCUAUUUCACCACAAGGAGAGCAUUCGCAAUUGGAAUAGUGGCUGCUGGCGGAAGUGUUGGAAGUACCAUCUACCCGAUUGUGUUCCGCAAGCUCCAGCCAGAAAUCGGCUAUGCCUGGGCGAUCAGAGUGAUUGCGUUUAUUGCACUGGGCCUUCUCGCAGUGAGUAACGCUGUGAUGAAGAGCCGACUUGCGCCUCCCAAAACGGCACGAAAGAUGGUGGAUCUUGCAGCCUUUAAAAACAUCCCCUACACACUGUUCACGAUCGGGCUGUUCUUAGUCUUCAUUGGCCUUUACAUCCCCAUUUUCGACGUCGUCGUGAAGGCUCAGGUGAGCUCACAUGUCGGUGAGGAUCUGUCCUUCUACAUACUCUCAAUCCUCAAUGCCGCGUCUGCUUUUGGUCGAGUGAUCCCAGGCCAACUCGCAGAUAUUUAUGGAGCUUUGGAAAUCAUCAUUAUCUGCACGUUUUGCUCUGCUGUCUUUGCGUACGGUUGGGUCGGGAUCCAUGGGUUGGGCGGGUCGAUUGGAUUUGCAAUUGUUUAUGGAUUCACAUCGGGUGCCGUCGUGUCUAUCCAGGCCACCGUGGUUGCGUCGCUGGUUCCCGAUGUUUCCGUCAUCGGGACAUGGUUGGGCAUGACGCUUUUCGUGGCCGGGCUGGGUAUUCUUAUUGGAAGUCCUAUUGCUGGUGUGCUUGUUGAUUCGGUGACUGGGUCUUUCUCAGAUGCGUUUAUCUUCGCGGGCAGUUUUACCUGUGCGGGUGGGGUCUUGUUUCUUGUCACUUGGAUUCUGAGAAGAAAAGGUGGUAGAGAAGCUUAG